AUGGCGACUAGAAACUAUCGUGGUCGGCAGCGCCGUCCAAAUGAUCGACAUUAUGAUCGACGAUACGAUCGCCGUUACCAAAUGUACUACGAAGACGAUGACGAUGAUGACUACUACAUGUAUAAUGAGCCAGAAUGCGAUAUUCCAUGGCGGCCAAUCCUCUCGUUCAUUGGUGCCUUGGCGUUAACUCUCAACCUCAUGCGAAUUUCCGACAAUCCCCACACCAUGGAUAACAUGCCAGAUCCACACGCCGAAAAACACGGUAUCUUGGACAGCAUCUUUUCCGGUGUUACAGGACAAACAGAGGCUCCGUUUGUGGCCUCCAAAAUCAAAUAUGGCUUUCCCGUGACACCCAAUGAAGAAUAUACCCUUCCACCUCCUCGUGUCACCAACCAGACCACUGUGGUACUUGUGCUCAGCGCCAGGAAACACUUUGAACGAAGGGCUUCCAUUCGAGAGACAUGGGCACAAACAAACGACAAUGUCUACUUUGUCAUUGGUGGGCCUGAUCCGGAUGUUCCAGAGGAUAUGGAUAAGUCCAGUCCUACCAGCUCCACCAACCUACUAUUCAAAGAACAAGAGCUGUAUGGGGACAUCAUUGACAGCGUUCAUACCGAUUCAUACAGAUCUCUGCCAUUCAAGCUGCAUUACGGAAUGAAAUGGGCUGUUGAAAACGUUCCAGAUUUAAAUUGGGUUGCCAAGGCAGAUGAUGACCACAUUGUCAGAGUCAAGCUGUUGCAAUUCUUUGUCCUGCGCAAAUUCAACCCCAACCAUCCUUCUGUGAUUGGAGGUAUUGUUGUUGGUGCACCACCCCACAGGGCCGGCAAAUGGGCAGAGGACCCCAAAUUCACUCCGGAGACAUAUCCUCCAUGGGCAUUUGGAUCUGCUGGCUAUGUAGUGAGCAGGGCUGUGGCACAAUACAUUGCCACGGAAGAAAGCUUGUAUUAUUACCAAGGGGAGGAUGCUGGAUUGGGAAUUUGGUUGGAAGAGUCUCCAUUGCAGAUAACAUGGAUUGAUACACCAGAAAUGAACAAAGACAAAGUAUGCGAGGGAAAGUACUAUAUCAUUGGUCAUGACUUGACAAUCGACGAAAUGAAGGCAUGCUGGAGCUCUCUUGGUGAUGAGGUGCCAGAUAGAAAAAGCGUCAUUGCCUUUGGUGCUGGUCGGAAGGAUCAGCAUCCCACAAAAAUCUCGGGGUGGUAA